AUGUCAAGAUUAGAAAUAUAUUCACCAGAAGGGCUACGUCUAGACGGACGUCGAUGGAAUGAACUGCGUCGUUUCGAAACUUCCAUCAACACUCAUCCGCAUGCUGCUGAUGGCUCUUCCUACUUGGAACAAGGUAACAACAAAAUCAUCACUCUCGUGAAGGGUCCAAAGGAACCAAGGUUGAAGUCUCAAAUGGAUACUUCGAAGGCCCUGUUAAACGUUUCCGUAAACAUUACAAAAUUCUCCAAAUUCGAAAGGAGCAAAUCCAGUCAUAAAAACGAAAGGCGUGUCCUUGAGAUUCAAACUUCGUUAGUAAGAAUCUUCGAAAAAAACGUAAUGUUGAACAUUUACCCCAGAACAGUUAUCGAUAUCGAAAUCCACGUCCUUGAGCAGGAUGGUGGUAUCAUGGGCACACUGAUCAAUGGUAUCACGCUCGCUCUGAUAGACGCUGGUAUAUCGAUGUACGAUUACAUAAGUGGUAUCUCCGUCGGGCUGUAUGACACCACCCCACUACUAGAUAUCAAUUCGCUAGAAGAAAACGCUAUGAGUGCAGUGACACUAGGUGUCGUGGGGAAGUCGGAAAAACUAUCUCUAUUAUUGAUAGAAGAUAAAAUCCCCUUGGACAGACUAGAGAACGUCCUAGCCAUCGGUAUUGCGGGUGCUCAUAGAGUAAGAGACCUGAUGGAUGAAGAGUUAAGAAAACAUGCCCAAAAAAGAGUCACUAAUGCCUCUGCCAGGUAA